AUGGUUCCAGAAUGGGCAUCGGAGCCUUGCAUAAUGGGAAUCGACGAAGCCGGAAGAGGUCCCGUUCUUGGUCCUAUGGUCUAUGGCUGUUUAUACUGUCCUCUCUCCUACAAGAAAACCCUAGCUACUUUGAGUUUCGCCGAUUCUAAGACUCUGAAGGAAGAGAAGAGGGAGGAAUUAUUUGAAGCUUUGAAAGGCAACGAUUCUAUUGGAUGGGCUGUUGAUGUCAUUGAUCCAAAGGAACUCUCUGCUAAAAUGCUCAAGAAGAAUAAGAUAAACUUGAAUGAGAUAUCACAUGACUCUGCUAUGGGCCUCGUUGAUAGGGUCCUCAAAAUCGGAGUGCUUCUAACCGAGGUUUAUAUUGAUACGGUCGGAGAUCCAGGGAAAUAUGAGGCAAAAAUGUCUAAAAAUUUCCCAUCUAUCAAAUUUGUGGUUGCUAAGAAAGCUGAUAGUCUUUAUCCUGUUGUCAGUGGUGCAAGUAUAGCUGCAAAGGUUACGAGGGACCGAGCUGUAAGAGAUUAG